GCAGUCUGUUCACAGUCAUGUACUUUACACAGCUUACAGACAAACUGUCUGUCUGCCCUCUGUCUGUUUUUUUUCUUCGGUCAAGUCUAAAUACAGACUUGUGGCUCUGCCCCAGCGAAAACAGUCCUGAGCGGCAGGAAUGCAGCUUUCAGGCCGGACAGCAGCGGCUCCUCCGUCAGACGUGACGUCGCUGUUUCCCCGCUGAAAAACCAGACUCGACGGAGGAAGUUUUUGUACGAGGGGAGGAAAGAAAGAAAGAAGAAGGGAAAAAAAGAAACCCCCCAAACACCCCCUGCGCCUCUGAUCUUCGGAAUGUGCGGACAUUGGCUCUCCAACGCUGCAUCCCGCUGUCGAAAUGUUCAUCCAGUUGUACCGCUGCGUGGACUCCGCGCCUGUUCUGGCGAUUAUUUGCGUGACUGUGUUGUUGGCGAAAGGCUGUGUGUGUGUCACUGAAGACGAGGACGAUGAAGUCCUGGAGAAAAAACAGCUCGUGGAGUUUUACAAGAAAGGUCUGUUUAUCCUGGAGAGUGAGCCGCUGAAGCAGUGCAUCUCAGCAAAUCGCUCGAAACUAGUGCUGGAGGACUGCGAGCGUCCGACGCGCCGCAUGCUGUGGAAGUGGGUCUCCCAGCAUCGUCUCUUCAAUCUGGGCACCAGCGCGUGCCUGGGCCUCAACAUUUCCGACUCGACGCAGCCCCUCGGGAUGUUCGAGUGCGAUGUGUCUCUCCCCGUGCUGUGGUGGCGCUGCAGCGGAAACACGCUGUAUGGAGCGUCCCAGUGGAGGGUGACUGUGGUUCGAGGUUUAGUGGCGGUAAAGAAAAACAUUUACCAUCAGUGGAAGAGGUACAACACUCCCAGAGAGGGUCCCUGCUCAUAUCCAUAUGAAGAUAUCCACACUUUGUUGGGGAAUGCACAUGGAAUGCCUUGUGCCUUUCCUUUUAAAUACAACAACCAAUGGUACUCUGAGUGUACUACUGAGGGGCGUGAGGACCACCUUCUGUGGUGCUCAGCCACCUCUCGCUACGAUAAAGGCGAAAGAUGGGGUUUCUGUCCAGUGCAAGGUAAACCAGACACACAGACGCACCAGUGCAAGAAAGGAAGACAAGUCAUCACAGGCCGUUGUUGCUGCGUGCUCAUGUUAUCUUCGUCACUUUACCUUUGUGCUUAUCAGUUUUCAUUUGUCUGUUUUUUCAUAGUUUCCGGUUGUGAGCACUUCUGGGAGUCAAACCAGGAGUUGCGCGCAUGUUACCAGUUCAACCUGUACACUAUCCAAACCUGGAGUCAGGCGCUGUCUACCUGCCAGGCCCAAGGUGGAAAUUUGCUCAGCAUCACCAGCCUGGCAGAGCACAAGUAUAUCAGAGAUCGAAUGGCGAGCGUUGGGGCGAUGGUGUGGACCGGGCUGAACCACAUUAAGGAUGGGCAUGGAUGGGGGUGGUCUGACGGAGCCCCUCUGUCACUGGUGAAUUUCACCACAGAUCUCCCAGCCAGCCCGCUACAGGACAAUAAACAGUGUGGGGUGUACUCAGGAUUCGAGGGUCACUGGCAGAGUCUAUCCUGUGAAUCUGCUCUGCCUUACAUCUGCAAGAAGACACCUAACGACACGCGUGGAGCUGAGCCACUAGAGAACUGGCAGUAUAUCGAUACCGAGUGUGCGGAUGGCUGGUGGCCUCACAAUGGUUUUUGCUACCGAGUGCUGCCAGAAGCAGAAGCGGGAAGCUGGGAGGAGUCUUCUCAGGAAUGUCAUUCUUACGGGGCAAAUCUCACCAGCAUCCACUCCUUGUCUGAGGUGGAAAUGCUGGUCAACCUCCUGGCUAACUAUUCUGGGGGGAGUACAGAGGUGUGGAUUGGACUUUGGAAACAGGCAUUAUUGCCAGCUGUAGAGUGGUCUGAUGGCUCACCAGUAACUCUCACUCUCUGGCACCAGUAUCACCCUCUUCAUAACCUGACGGAUGGAACACUGUGUACCAAAGUGGACAGGAAGAGUGGCAACUGGCUGCUAGCGUCAUGUGACGAGCGACUGGCUGCUGUGUGCAGAAGAGAGAGCCAGAAUGGCGUUCAGCACCACGGAACCUGGGAUGAGGGCUGUCCUGAGGGCUGGAAGAAGCACGGCCAUUCCUGUUACAUGGUGACAGGUCAAGAACAGAGCUACGAAGAUGCCCUGAUGGGGUAUUACUGCAAGGGUUCUCUUCUCACUGUGGAAAACAGGUUUGAGCAGGCAUUUGUCAACAGUCUGCUGAGUGAAAGUGGGGCCAAAAGUAGCAUGUAUUACUGGAUUGGUCUCAGGGACCAAGACCAGGGGAGGAAGGGAGAGUACAGAUGGCUUCAUCAUAACGGCUCCUCUCUGCCUCUCACCUUCACAAACUGGAAUAAGCACCAGCCAGUCAGCACCGGUGGCUGUGUCGCUAUGUCAGGAGGACCUGCUCUGGGCCGCUGGGAGGUGAAAGACUGCAAGGUUCACAAGGCCUUGGCUGUGUGUAAGCAGAACAUCAGGAGCUACCAUGAUGUUCAGCUGCCAGAGCAUCACAUUGAUGCCUACGCCCCGUGCCCCCCAGGGUGGGAAUCAAACUCUGGGCUGCUCCACUGCUUUAAGGUGUUCCACAGUGAGAAAGUCCUGAUGAAGCGCUCCUGGGUGGAAGCAGACUUCUUCUGUCAGGCCCUCGGGGCUCAGCUGGCCAGUUUCCAACACUAUGAGGAGCAGGUGUUUGUUAAACAGCUCCUCAGUACCAUGUUUGAAGGAACAGAGGUUCGUCGGUUCUGGGUGGGUUUAAACAAGAGAGACCCUGAAUAUGCCGGAGCUUGGGAGUGGUCUGAUGGUUCUCCUGUGGUGAUGUCGUUCAUUGAUGAUAAGAGCGAGGAGGAUGACAGGAGGGACUGUGCUGCGUACAGUGACCUGACCAACACGUUCAUGCCGCAGCUGUGCGACUCCAAACAUGAGUGGAUCUGUAAGCUUUCCAGAGGUGAUAAACUGAACAAACCCUACUGGUACACUGAGCAGAGCGAGCCCUGGGUGUUUUACCGUGGAGCUGAGUACCUGCUGGCCAAGCAGCCCUUUGACUGGCAAGCUGUCUCUCUGGCAUGUCAGAUGAUGGGAGCCUAUCUGCUGUCCAUUCACUCCAAAGAGGAGCUCAACUUUGUCAAGGAACGCUUGCGGCGGCUCUCGCUGGGCCCGACUGAGUGGUGGAUUGGCCUGUCCAUUGGUCCGCCUGGACAGGAGGUCAGGUGGAGUGACAAGACUACAGUAGACUUUCAGAAAUUUGAUGAAGUGGCUGUUGGCGAUGAUCUUCGGAGAAGAAGGGCGUGUGUCACCAUGUCUUCUUCGUCAGGGAAGUGGGCACUGAGCAGAUGCAGUGAUCUCCAUGGAUACGUGUGCAAGAGAGAAACUGUAUCUGUGGUGGAGACCCCCCGGGAACCGCACUACAUUGGACGAUGCCCGGAGAAAUGGCUAUACUUUGGACACAAGUGUCUCCUGCUUCACCUCCCUACCAGUCCAAAAGAGGGAAAGAGUUGGAAAGAUGCCCAGUCCAUCUGCUCUUCUUUUCAAGGCUCGCUAGUUGCCAUAGAAGAUGAGAUUGAACAAGCCUUCAUCACCAUGUUUCUCCAGGGAAGCGCUGUAGGUGUGUGGAUUGGGUUGAGAGAUGAGGACACCAUGAAAUGGACCAAUGGGAGGCCAGUCAGCUACACCAACUGGUCUCCAGUAGAACCAAAGAACCCUCUCAAUGAAGACACGUGGCUCCAAGGAUAUACUGAUGAGCCUCUGUGUACUGUCCUGUCCAACAACCACAACUUCCACCUGACGGGGAAGUGGUACGACGAGAAGUGCAGCGAGAGCGGGUAUGGCUUUGUAUGUCAGAAACCUCAAGAUCCAUCCAAACGCCCCACCCACUCGUAUCACCACCUUCUCCCAGAAAUUAUUGAGUACAGGAACCGCAACUACAAGGUUGUGACUGGCAACCUGAGCUGGUACGACGCGAUGAAUAAGUGCAAAGGCCAUGAUUCUGACCUUGUGAGCAUUACAGAUGCCUACCACCAGGCUUUCCUUACUUUCCUUGUCAAUAGAUUGGGAGCGCCGCACUGGAUUGGACUGUACAGUGUAGACAGCGGCAUCAAUUAUCAGUGGUCGGAUGGCAGCGACACAGUGUACACGCACUGGGACGCAGCCGACGACGAUGACGACUUUGAGACCGGCGAGUGCGUGUACAUGGACGUGAAUGGAGGCUGGCGGCGAGCUGACUGUGAAACACUGCUGCCAGGAGCCCUGUGCCAUGUUCCCCAAAGUCCCUCCAAGCCAAGCAAUAAACCGUUAACCGCGAAUGUGAUGGCGUGUCCCUCCACAUGGGUGAAAUUUGGACAUGGUUGUUACAGCUUUGAGUCCGUGGCGGAGAAACGUAGUUUUGAGAAGUCAAGAGAGCACUGCAGGAAUAAAGUCAACACCUCCGAUGUCCUGACCAUUGAGGAUGAGACAGAGAACCGUUUCAUCAUGGAGCAGCUCUGGUCAUCGAGGCUCCUUCCCCAGACCUUAUGGUUGGGGAUGCACUUCAAUGUUGACACUGACUCUAUGGCCUGGGUAGAUGGUUCACCAAUGGAGUACACCAACUGGCCCCACAAAGGUCCAAACCCCAAGCUGCUGACUGAGGAUUCCUGUGUCACUACUAGGGUAGUUGAUGGUACUUGGCACUUUACACCGUGCACAGAGCGGCUUGGCUUCAUCUGCAAAAUCAUCUCAGAUGGAAAUACUGAGGUGGAAGUGAAACCGCUGAAUGGUUUGCAUCACGGUGUCAUCCCCGCUGCUGUGCUGGCAGCGUUGCUAAUCUUUAUCCUGCUGGCAGGGGUAAUGUGGUUUCUGUACAAGAGGAGCUCCGGACGUUUCCAGCGGCUCCCCACGCUCGGCAGCGCUUAUUUCAGGCAAACGGACUCGCAGGCUACGGAGUCAGAUGGAAACGUUCUCAUCGCAGACCUGGAGCCUCCCUCGGGAGAGUAGCACGCGUUGACUUGUUUCUUCCUCGAAGCCUCUGCUGUCCUCUCGUGCUCCGUCACCUUGUCACCGUCAGCUACGGAUGCCGCGCUGCACUGUAAAACUGUGAUGCUGACUCCUCAGGACAGUGGUGAGAUGAUGACGGCAAGCAGUUUCGAGCGCGUCUCUAGUUUUCAUUUACUCGCACCAUUUAGGUCACCAAACACUUGCAAAGACACUUGAAGGCCACGGACUAAGAGAUCACACAGACCAAGAAGGGACGCUAAAGAGCUUUGGACUUGUUUGAAGAGGUUCCGUUUGAUGUCAUCCGGGAUUUAUUCUGUUAUGAUUUGUAAACAGUGUUAAGGAGAAUAAUUUAAGACAUGCUCUUGGGCUUCUUUUCAGGGCAAAAAGUCACUUUCAUUGUCAAGCAUGAGUACGAUUCAUGAUAAAAUAUUCUUUACAAUGAUGCUUUGUUCAUUCAGACUUCUGUUGAUGGGUCUGUAUGCAUGGUACAGUAUUUUGUCAGUAUUACUUAUUUUGUCAUUUUUUUAUUCUCUCAUGUGUACGUGCUGUAUGUUGGUCAUGACCAAAUAAGUACUGGGACUGAAUGGAUUUGCUUGGUUCUGGCUGCUGACGAAAAGAACACAGAGGGAUAUAUGUUUUGCACAGUUUUAUUUGUGUUUUAAUAAAUCGAAUUUGGUUGAAUGGUU